AUGGUAGUAUCUAAUGGGAAGGGUAGGGUCGAAUCCUUAGCAGUGGACGAAAAAGUGUUUACCAAACUGUGGGCAACAAAAGCUCCUUCCAAUGCGUUGGCUCUUUCAUGGAAGAUUUUGAAUAACAGGAUUCCAACCAAGGUGGAACUAGCAAGGCGUAACGCUUUACCAGAAGGAUUGAAUACAGCCUGUGUCUUGUGUGCUGACAGUGAGGAAUCUAUUGCUCAUUUAUUUCUGUCUUGCAAUAUAUCUUGGAGGAUUUGGAUGCAAGUUUAUAAGUGGUUGGGCAUGUCAAUGGUUCUCACUAAUUCUGUAAGUCAACACUUUCUACAUCAUGUGAUUCCGGGUAUUAAUGGUAGAGGAAGUAAGGCUGCCUCACUUAUUUGGGUAGCCACUGUUGGUGUCAUUUGGAAUUUAAGAAAUGGUGUGGUUUUUAGAGGGGUUUCAGUAGACACCGCAAGAAUCCUAGACAGUAUUCAAUUCAGAACCUGGUUGUGGCUCAAGGCGAACAAUUCAUCAUUUGGGGUGUCAGUUUAUGAGUGGAUUGAAAACCCAAGAGUCAUGUUUAUUGCAAGGAGGGAUGUUAUUGGAAUUGUUAAUUUACUCUUCGUGGGGGCAGCUAGCUUGGUGAUUCCUGUCAGUUCUAACAAUGACAUUAAUGUGCUAAAUCAAUCUCCGGUUUUCAAUGAGGUUUUGAGUGGAAAUGCUCCCAUGGUGAACUUUAGCGUGAAUGGAACAAUGUAUAACAUGGGAUACUAUCUAGCAGACGGUAUCUAUCCCCCAUGA